GUUCAAGAAAUUGCAAUUUGCAAAAAUUGUGCACUUUAAUUGUUAGGUAUUCUAUGAGCUAAUGUUUAUUUUAUUGGUUCAAGGCUCAAGAAAAAUGUCUGCUGCGUCGGGAAUCAUAGCAAAUAGCAUCAAAACGAAACUACAGACGGCUUUACAGACAAAACACUUAGACGUUAUCAACGAAUCGUAUAUGCACAAUGUUCCUAAAGGAGCUGAAACACAUUUCAAAGUUGUGGUAGUGUCAAGCCAAUUUGAAGGGCUGCCUUUGAUAAAGAGGCAUCGACUUGUAAAUGAGACCCUGAAAGAAGAAUUACAAAAUGGGGUCCAUGCUCUUUCAAUUGUAGCAAAAACUCCCGACCAGUGGGAAUCUAGCGAUCAAAUAGUAGAGAGCAGUCCCAACUGCAGAGGAGGCUUCGGUAAAUAAAUUGGUAACAUAGGACUACUUAUUAAAGACUAAUUACUGCACAAUUGUAUUUUAUUGUGUCUUAGCUAUAUUUGUUAUAGAAAAACACAGAAUCAUUUUCACUAAUCUGCA